UUUGUAUAUCAUAUCAAAGGAAAAGCAUUAAGAAAAACAGUCGAGUUGUCAGUAUAGUAGUACUACUAAACGCAGCCCAGCAGCACCGGCCAUAGAAACGAGAGCACGAGCAACGAGGAGUGCAGAAAAGAACACACAAACCAAACAACUGCCCCUGCCCCUGCACCUGCACCGAUUUCGUGAAUCACCAACGGAAUUAUGGAACAAACACAGAUUACAGAUGCAGAAAAGGUGCGCAUUGUGUCCGACUUCAUUCUGCACGCUCCGCCCGGCGAGUUCAACGAGGUGUUCAACGAUGUGCGCGAGCUCCUCAAGAACGACGCCCUGCUGAAGGACGGUGCCAGCCACGCCUUCUCACAGUACAACAAGGACCAGCUGACACCGGUGCGCAUCGAGAACAGCAACCAUAGCGCCAUUAUAUCGGAGUUCAACGAUUUGGGCAACGGUCGCUUCUAUGAUCCACGUACAAACAAGGCCUUUAAGUACGAUCACCUACGGAAAGAGGCCUCCGACUACCAGGAUGUGGAGGCGGAUGCCGAUUCAGAGCCGUGGAGGGCGGCCCUGGACUUGGAGACGCUUGCAUACACUGCCUGUCACUAUAGACACGGGGUCAGCUCGGUUUUUGGAAAGUCGCAGGGAAACCAGAUCACGCUAAUCAUUUGCAUUGAGGACCACCAGUUCCAGCCGAAGAACUACUGGAACGGCCGAUGGCGUUCGCAGUGGCACGUCACCUUCCAGGCGGGCAGUGGCCUGGCCGAGCUGAAGGGCGUGUUGAAGGUGCAGGUCCACUACUACGAGGACGGAAACGUUCAGCUAGUGUCCUCCAAGGAGUGCCGCGAGAGUGUAGUGGUCACCAACGAGCAGCAGAUGGCCAAGGAAGUGAUGCGUCUCAUCGAGGAGGCCGAAAACGAGUACCAAUUGGCCAUUUCGGAGAAUUAUCAAACGAUGUCGGACACAACUUUCAAGGCAAUGCGCCGCCAACUGCCCAUAACCAGGACCAAGAUCGACUGGAGCAAAAUCGUCUCGUACAGCAUUGGCAAGGAGCUGAAAACGCAAUAAGACCAGGAGCUGCAAGCGGAAGCGGAGGCGGAGGCGGAGGGGACACAGCAGCAUUCGACUAAGCGGCCCAACAGUCUUCCACUUGCAAUGGCCAAGCGUCGAGAUAUGUAACUGAAGAAACAGCAGCAUUAACAUUAUAACAUCCGAGGAACAGAAGGAACAGAACACGAUCACGAAUACAACUUUAAACUAAAUGUCUGUAAUUUGCCUAUAUACAACAUACAUACAUACAUAUACAUACAUGCAUAUAUACAACGUGUAUUUACAAUGUGUUAUAUAUAACUAAACUAACGAUGAAUGCACAUGCAUAGCUAUAUAGAUAUAUUUAAUUACGAUCCGAGAUGAUUCAAUUAAAUGGAUUUGGACAAUGAACGAUGCGCUGUUGCCUCGUUUGGGUCACAGUCAGUCAGUCGCCACCAAUUGUCGCCUUUAUCGUUUAAGAUGAGCAUUAAACGCGGUUUUUAUCAUGUACGGUA